AUGUCCAAUUUAACUUCUGCAUCUGACCCAGAUGCAGAAGUGAUAGCUUUGUCUCCCAACAGUCUACAGGCAACAAACAGAUUUAUAUGUGAGAUCUGUACCAAAGGAUUUAAAAGAGAUCAGAAUCUCCAACUUCAUAGAAGAGGGCACAACCUGCCAUGGAAACUAAAGCAAAGAACAAACAAGGAGGUGCGAAAGAAGGUAUAUGUGUGUCCAGAGGUUACAUGUGUGCACCAUGACCCAUCAAGGGCUCUUGGGGACCUUACAGGGAUCAAGAAGCACUUUAGCAGAAAGCAUGGCGAGAAGAAGUGGAAGUGUGAAAAGUGCUCAAAACGUUAUGCAGUUCAAUCAGACUGGAAAGCUCACUCUAAAAUUUGUGGCACAAGAGAGUAUAGAUGUGAUUGUGGUACUCUUUUCUCUAGGAGGGACAGUUUCAUCACUCACAGAGCCUUCUGCGAUGCUUUAGCAGAAGAGAGUGUGAGAAAUAUCACUGUAAACCCACUUCUCUCCUCACAACAACCUGGGUCCUCAGCUUCACAGCUGAUGAAUUUACAAGCCCUAUCAGUCAAAAGAGAGCAAGAUCAAAACCAGCAUCUUUUUAAUCCAAGACCAGAUAGUAUACCACCUUGGUUAGCUUGUCCACCGAUAGGAGAAGCCGGUCCAGGUCCACAACAAAUCAAUCUCUCACAAUUAUUCCCAGCAAAUUUAGACCAGUCUUUUUUGCAACAUGUAAACCCUAGCCCUAACCCUAAUCUACUUCCUUCAUUCCAGCCCUCAUCAACAGCUUCCCCUCACAUGUCUGCCACUGCGUUGCUGCAAAAAGCAGCACAAAUGGGAGUGAGUAUGAGCAAGCCUUCUCCGUCACCUGCUGCUUCUGCCAUACUUAGACCCCACCAAGGUCACAUGUCUGAUCAAAACCCUGGUUUCAGUUCCACAUUGCCAGCUACGUCCACAGCAAGUUCUGGUCUAUUUUUGACAUCACGUGAAGAGAUGGGAAGUGGAUUUGGUCAUGGACUGGUAUCUUUAGACAAUAAAGCUGCUGCUGUCACCUCUGGUAUCAUGGAACAUUUUGCUGCAGGUGAAGCAGGAGGGCCUUCUUUAGUCCAUGAUAUGAUGAGUUCUUUGUCUUCUGCGAGUGGGUUUGAUGGUUCAUCUUUCGAUAAUGAGGAUUUCAAUGGAAUGUUGAAUCCAAAAAGAGACGGCAGUAAUUUUCAGGAAAUCCUCUCCAAGUCAACAGAAUCCCAAUUUCGAAGGAGUGAUGCUGCUGGUGGUCAUCAUGGAGGGGGUAAUGAUGGCUUGACAAGAGAUUUCUUGGGACUUAAAGCAUUUCCUCAUAAAGACUUUCUAAAUCUACCAGGACUUGAUCGCAUGAACGCUUCGACUUAUGGGCAAAGGAACCAAAAUCUACCACCACCUUGGCAAGGUUAG